UUAAAAAAGCACAGCUUCCUCUCUCCAUCUCCAUCUCCAUCUCCAUCUUUACCUUCACUCUCUCUCGAUUUCUCCGCCGCCGUAAUGGCCACCAGCCUCUUUCCCUCCGGAACCCUCGCCGUCAAGGCAGCCGCCUCCUCCUCCCGCGAGCGCAACCCGGGCCCCGCCGGCCGGCCAACCGCCUCCUCCUCCUCCUCCUCCAACAACAGCAGCUGGUUGGCCCCGAUCUUCGGCUUCUCCGCCGACCCGGGCUACAUUGACUCCGCCGGCGGCGGCAAGGUCGCCUACCCCAGGAAGGCCGGCUUGGAGGAGUCGGGCUCGAGCCUGUCCGCGGCGGGGAGGCCCCGCCCCGACCCGAUCCGGUUCACGGCGGAGAAGGCGCGGCUCCUCAGGCUCAUGACCUCCGACGCGGCCUCCCUCCACGACGCCAUGUACCACUCCGCGAUCGCCUCCCGCCUCGCUUCCGACUUCGGGAACCCGACCGAUCUGUAAUCCUGCCGGACCGGACCGUGUCAACAUCAGUACGAUUGUCGCUGGAUAAUAACAUCUUUGGGACACGCCCUUUUAAUUUUUUUUUUCUUUUGUAAAAUUCUCGAAUUGUUUAUUUAGGUUAGUGGCCUGGUGUUUGUUCUGAGCCAUAUAUUCCGAAUUAUGGGGGGGAUGUGGUGAUGUAAGGACAGCGAAGAUUACGUGAAAUGGGUGGAUUAAUCUUUGUAAUCACCAAUUACUUUAGUUGAUGUAAUGUACAGAUUUAAUGUAUACUAUAGUUUAAAUAUUUGA